AUGAAAGGUGUUCAUUUCCUCACAAGCACUGUUGCCAUAUUGGCAUUCACAAGCCCUUUACAAGCAGUGUUUGUGAAUGGGAAAUUCUGCGAGGAUCCAAACAAAUCCAGUUGGUUCAACCGUGACAGCCGUGAAUGUAGACCAAAUAGCAGGACUGAACACUCUUGGCAUUUCCCUAGCUCGCAUAGACUUCGCACCAAAUGGCCUAAACCCUCUCACACUCACCCUUGUGGCUCAGAAAUUCUUGUAGUCUUGGAAGGUACACUCUACGUCGGAUUCAUCACAUCAAAUGCUGAUAAUAAUCGGCUAAUCAGCAAGUUGUUAAACAAGGGAGAUGUAUUUGUGUUCCCAAUUGGUCUCAUUCACUUCCAACUCAACGUGGGAUACGGCAACGCUGUAGCCUUUGCUGGCCUUAGCAGCCAGAACCCAGGAGUGAUUACCAUAGCCAAUGCAGUUUUUGGCUCCAAGCCUCCCAUCGACCUUGAUGUUUUAGCCAAGGCCUUCCAAGUGGACAACAAAUUGGUUGAUUAUCUUCAGAAACAGUUUUGA